AUGGACUUCUGGCAACAUGCACUGGUCAAGAGUCCCAACGAUUCCUGGUUGUGCGACCACGGCCUGCUGGCCAGAAGGAGUUCUUGGGUUACCAUACUCAACCUGCUAGAAGUUUCAGAGUGUGGGCUUGAAGACGACUGCCCCAUGUUUCAUGGAAUCAAAGACUACAUCACACUAGUCGCUGGAGUUACCUUGACCGGGGCGGCUGCGACUAGAAACGAUAUCUCGGACAUAGCCAUUUGUUGGGAUGGCGGAAGACAUCACGCCAAAAAAGCAUGGGCUUCAGCUUUUUGUUACAUAGCUGAUUGCGUUCUCGCCAUUCUUUUCCUCAAACGAACAAUACCGAAACCACGUGUGACUCGAUGUAUCUCGACCUCGACCUUCAUUUUCCAGAUGCAGCGUCACAAGCUUUUCACAAACCCGGUUCCACGGCUGCUGCUCAAGUUCUUGAUUUUUCCCUUGUUCCCCCUCGCUUCCCUUCCGGACGUCGAUGAUCCGGCCUUCGAUCCUUUCACUUUAUCAGUGCCACUCAAAGCUCGUGCACCCAACAAAACAUUCCUCCGCAUUUGGCCUAUCAUCGAACAUGUCAAGGACAUCUUUCGACCUGAUUUCAUUAUAGUUCAGUGUGGCUUAGAUGGCCUAGCGGGUGAUCCCAUGGCAACCCUCAACUGGUCCUUAAGGCUCGCUCGGCUGGUGCAUGCAUCGCAUCAUCCGCGAAUGGCAAGGGAAAAAAUGUUACUUGGCGGAGGUGGUUAUGACACGCCCAAUGCCGCGCAAGCUUGGACAUAUCUCACCUCUGUGGCA